AUGCGACCCAUCACCCACCUUCGGCUACCGAUUGCGCUUGCUUUCGCCCUUUCAAACUGUGUCUUCUUGAUGGUCUCGGGAGCUAUCUGCACCUUUACCUCGUACCACGUCUUCACAGCCGCCAACAAGGGCCCCUGUACUUCGAUCAUUCUCCAGGACAUGUUCGUCCCUGCCGGCAACACGCUCGAUCUGUCCAAAGUCAGUGCAGGCACCACCAUCACGUUUGCUGGCAAGACCACGUUCGGUUACCAGGUAUGGGGGGGACCACUCAUCUACGCUAGUGGCCCUAUCACCGUGACCGGCGCUCGGGGCCAUGUUAUCAAUGCCGGCGGAGCGGGCUGGUGGGACUAUAAAGGCGACUUCGGCAAGAAGAAACCCACAACAUUCUCUGCCUACCAGAUGCACGAUGCCAAGAUCACCUGGCUCAAUAUCAUAAAUACUCCAGCCCAAGUCUUCUCAAUCUUUGACUGCCAUCGUCUCUUCGUCGACCACAUAACCAUCGAUAACACGGCCGGGUUCAAACAAGGUGCACUAAACACUGACGGCUUUGACGUCGGCUCGAGCACCAACGUCACCAUUUCCAACUCCAACGUGGUAAAUCAGGACGACUGCUUGGCCGUCAAUUCCGGCUCGGAUAUAUACUUUAGGGGCAACACAUGCUCGGGUGGUCAUGGCAUCUCGGUUGGGUCCGUCGGAGGGCGGUCCGUUAAUACGGUCAAUGGCGUCUAUGUCAGUGAUUCAUACGUUAUCAAUUCCGAGAACGGCGUGAGGGUCAAAACUAUCGUCGGUGCGACGGGCUUUGUCAACAACGUGCACUUCACCAACGUCCAUUUGACCAACAUCUAUCAGUACGGCAUCGCCAUUGAGCAGGACUACCAUGGCGGAACCCCUAGCGGGCGGCCCACAGGAGGCGUCCCCAUCAGUGGCCUCCAUAUUUGGGACGUAACAGGAACCGUGACGGCGCGUGCCACGCAGAUCUACAUCGUCUGUGCCGUUGGAGCCUGCAGGGGCUGGGACUGGGGCCGUAUAAAAAUCUUUGGUGGCACUCGGACAAGUGCUUGUCAAAACAUCCCUCCUUCAGGAUUUUGCUGA